AUGUCCUUCAUUCCCAAGUCCGUCAACCACCUCCACCGCCUCGCCUCCACCGCCGCCACCGGCAGCCACAAGGUCGUCGUCAUCGGCGCCGGUGCCGCCGGUCUCUCCGCCGCCAACCAGAUCUACAACGCCUUCAAAGCCCAGGGCCGUACCCUCGCUGACGGCGACGUCGCCAUCGUCGAUGCCAACAAGACCCACGACUACCAGCCCGGGUGGACCAUCGUCGGAUCCGGUCUCGCCAACAAGCAAGACUACCGCAAGCCUGUCGACUCGUUGAUCCCCAAGCACCUCGCGCAUAUCCCGCAGAACGCUGCGGGCUUUGAGCCCGGGUCGAACCAGGUGGUGCUCGCGGAUGGGAGCAAGGUCACGUAUGACUUUCUUGUCGUCGCUGCCGGGCUCCAGAUCAACUGGGACAACAUCAAAGGUCUCUCGUCAGCCCUCACCGACCCCCUGAAGAACAAGGUCUCUUCCAUCUACUCUUACGAAACCGUCGACAAGACCUGGGACCUCAUCCGCGCACACAAGGGUAAAGAGGACGGCGAGUCCAUCUUCACCCAGCCAUUCGGCGUCAUCAAGUGCGCCGGUGCGCCCCAAAAGAUCGCCUACAUGUCCGACUCUUACUGGAAAUCCAACGGCAUCUCGCCCAGGUCUACGUUCAUCUCUGGUAUGCCCACCAUGUUUGCCCAGCCUGAAUACUCUGUCGCUCUCAAUGCUAUCCGGGAGAAGAAGGGUAUCGACGCGAUCUUCAACACCAACCUCGUUGAAGUCCGCCCAGAGACGAAGAGCGCGGUAUUCGAAGUCGUCGCAGGCGAGGACAAGGGUAAGAAAGUAGAGAAAGAGUACGGUAUCUUGCACGCCGUGCCCCCUAUGGGUCCCCUGAACUUUAUCAAGACCUCCCCCCUAGCCGACGCCGCAGGCUGGGUCGACGUCUCCAAAGACACCCUCCAACACAACAAAUUCCCCAACGUCUUCUCCCUCGGCGACUCGUCCUCCCUCCCCACUUCCAAAACUGCCGCCGCCAUCACCGGCCAGACGCCCGUGCUCACGCAUAAUUUGGUGACGUUGAUGGAGACGGGCAAGGUGGGGGAUGCGGUGUAUGAUGGGUAUACGAGUUGCCCGUUGUUUACUGGGAGGGGAGAGCUGUUGUUGGCAGAGUUCAAGUAUGGGGCGCAGAGGAAGGAGACUUUUGGGCAGUUUGUGGAUCAGCGGAUUCCUAACCGAGCAUUCUACCACCUCACCAAAGACGUCAUGCCUCGCGCGUACUUUAGCAAGAUGCUCAAGGGCGAGUGGUACGGUCCCCGCAUGUUCUUCCCUCCCACUUAUCUUCCUCAAUCUUCAUAA